CACGUCCCGCUCUUACCAUAACGACCAUUGAGCAUUUGGAUCAUUCAACUUCUCUCCUCCACAGCCUCCUACUCUCACGAUGUCGGCAACGCAGUACUCGCCGUUUGUUGCCUUGCCAGUCGAACUCCGCGUCCAGAUAUACGAAGAGCUCCUCGACAAGAACAGACCAAGCCAUUUGUACAACUACUCCGCAAUCACCUUAACGAAUCGCCAGAUCCGCAGCGAGUCUACCGAGGUGCUCCUCAAGCAGCCUCGCCACUUCAGCAGUCUUCCUCGCCUAGCAGAAUGGAUCACAAAAGCCCCGCCAAAUCUGGUGCCUUUCGUGAAGGAUAUCUCCAUCCACUUACACAACGACUCUCUCUCAGGCUUCGCAGGAUGCUUGUCAAACUAUUUCUCCAACCCCGCCAAGAUGCAGCCCAACACGGCAGAGUGGUGGGAGUAUCAGUACGCAACCCAAGUCAAGGAAGCACCGCCAUGCUUACAUCGCCCCCUACCGUCUGAGCAGAAGCUGCUCUAUGCCUCUUUUUCGCAAGGCCUUCGACUCUUCACGCCUCAUGGAAAUGCACCACCCAAGAAAGGCAGCAUCGCCGAGACAUGGUCGACGCUGAAGACUCUCCGGACUCUCCGCAUCCUCCGAAUCAUCCAUGGCCCUUCGUAUCCUGGGUCAUUCCCCUUGCGUUGGGACUUAGAGCUCACACUACUUCACUCCAUGAUCGCAGUGGCCUGCCCGGACCUGCACAACCUGACCUACCCGUCUAAUCCACUGCCCAUGGACUUUCUCUCAUCCCUCCCUGAACUACGAGCUCUUCAGUUCGAAGGGUUCUCUUCAACCCCUGCUGUCGCUGCGCUUCCCAUCCUUCAGAAUCUCAAACAUCUGGACUCGUUGGCUCUCUAUGGUUUCCCCUCUCUCUACGGCUUCCCCUCCCGUAACGAUAACGCCUCGGGCCCGCCCGAUCUACCCAGCAUCACGCCAAACAUUCUUAAAGCUAUUAACCCCCUUCGAUCGUUCGAGAUUGCUCAUAUGUCUGACUCUGGCGACUCGCCGUACCUCACCAGCGAGAUGAUCGCGGCAAUGGGUGCACACUGCCCUACACUGCGGCGGUUAAAGGUGCACUCUGGCGGUACACUAAAGAUCGAGGUGUUAAUGGAUCUAUUGAUGUUCAUCAAGGCCUCUCAACUCACAGAACUAUAUCUUGCUUUCCAUUUGCCCGAAAACAUGGAAGAUAUCGACAUCGAGGCACACCUACCGAGCACGAUCAAUAAAUGGGAAUGCCAUUUAAGGACGCGUACGAUGUACAUCCCACGGGGCUCGUCGAAUCUAGCGAUUAGUGGCAUGGCUUGGAAGUAGCUGGCUUGGUAGAACCUCACGAUUAUUGCCAUACUCGGCCAUGUUUGUACGAGAUGUGCAUUCAAAGCUGCUUAUAAAUUGGAUAGUUACCCUACAUGAUAAAGCUUUAAACUAAAAAGAAAACUUGAAAUAAUCAGCGAAAUCA